AUGGAUGAUGUUGAUGAUCUCUUGAAUGGAAGCCAGCCGAUGGAAGAAGAGGAAGAAGAUGAAGAAUUGGACGAGGACUUGGUCGAUGCUGCGCGCGAAAGAAACCGAGAGGAUCAGGAAGAAGAGCGAGAUCGAGAUGAUGAGCAAGAUGGUGGCAAUGGAGAUGAAGAUCUGGACGAGGACAUCGACGUGGAAAUGGACGAGAACGACAACGAUAAAGAUGAAAAUCCAAAUGUUGAAGAAAACGACGAUGCGUCAAAUAGAGAUGAUUCCAUGAGCGCAGAUGAAGCAGAAGCAGAAGCAGAAGGUCAGGAUGAGUCCGUGAGUCCUGAGGAAAAACCACACUACCAGCAAGCUCCAGGCUCUAUGUCUGCGGCGUCUUCUGGAUACGACAAGAUAUACCAAUACUAUUCGCAACUGUAUCACAAUGCUAAAAUUGGGGACUUCUACAGCAUCAAUCCAACUGCUGCAAUCCCCAUUCAAACACAUGUCCACUCACUUGCCAUGUCUAAGGGCCUAAAAUUUUUAUUUCUCGGAGGAGAAGAUGGUUAUGUUAGAAAGUAUGAUUUUUUGAACACCAUCGAGGGUAAGUUGUCGCUCACCAUUUUACAAAAACAUUCCUUGGUUGAUUCGAUAUCAAAUGCUGGCAUUUUGCAAUCAUACUGGGAAAACGAGGUACCUCAGAAGCGAGCGGACCUCAAAUUGACUAAAACCGGCAAAGAAUACGAACCUGUUGUUUCUCCGGUCCACGCUCUAGAUGUCCAAAGCGAAUGCAUGUUCCUUUUAAGUGGAUUAGAAAACGGCGGUAUAACGAUGCAAGGUUGCCGCUUCUUCGAAGGACAAAUUUCACACUAUUUUAAAAGGCACACUGACAUUGUGAACCAACUGCGUCUAAGUAGUGACGAGACCAAAUUUAUUAGUGGUGGCUGGGACAAGCAAAUUCUAGAAUGGGAUAUAAGCAGUGGCCAAGUUAUAAAUGAAUUCAAGGGUGCCACGUCUCAAAUUUCCUCGCUGGAACUUCGACCAUUACAUUCAACAGUGAAUAUGGUGGAUGUGAAAAAGAACUCGGAGGACAGCGAGAAUAACGAUAGAAAAGAUGAUGACGAUCUAGAUUCUUUAUUUGGUGACGAUAACGAAGACGAGAUCCAAAAACGACUGAAAGCCGAGAAGGCAAGUGACCAAGGAGAAUUGAGAAAGGCAGCAGAGAAAUCAGGCGAAAAAGAGACCAACACCUACAACGAAAUCUCAAGGACUACUCUGAAAAAAGUUGAAGACGAAAAUACGUUUCUGUCGUCAUGCACUAAUGGAUCCGUUCAUGUCUGGGACAGAAGAAUUAGCACUAAGCCGGUGGUACAUCUCAAUCGUGGAACACAUGUACCCCCUUGGUGUAUGUCAGCUUGCUGGUCAGCAGAUGGUAAUGAGAUUUUCGUGGGCAGAAGAAACGCUUGCGUUGAAAAAUACGAUUUGAGAGCCGGGAACAGCACCUCUCUGGUCAUGAAAUUCCCAAAUAUUUCGGGGCCCGUUUCUUGCGUGCGAUCUAUGCCAAAUAACAAGCAUGUCUUAUGUGCCUCCAAUGAUAACAUCAGAUUGUAUGAUGUGUCUCCGAGCGCCGCGUCGAGCAAGACGCCAUUUCUGAUUGUUCCGGGUCACCAUGGUGGAAUAAUAUCCAACCUGUACGUUGAUCCGACUUGCCGAUUCUUGAUAAGCACAAGUGGAAGCAGAGGAUGGCAAGGCGUGUCAACUGACACAGCUUUGAUCUACGAUAUAAAUGUAGAGGGCCAUCAAAAUCCAGAACAGUGA